CAAACCCGCAGUGGCAGGUUGUGUAUUUAAAUUGUCAAGUUAUGCGGAACUUGUAAGUCCUGGUCGCCGUGUGUGUUCACUGUGGCUUCCUCUCUGCUCCACAUUGAGUCUCUUCAGAGAAGAAGGCGGAUGUUGAAGUGUUUCAAGUUGCGUUGCCAGACCGCCACAACAAGUGCAGUCAGCAUCAAAGCAGUCGCAUUUUUGGACAUCAUUUAAUUUUGGUAUUUUUUAAAUUUUUUAAUCGUUUGACUUUUAUGGUCAGUCUUUGGACAAGACAUGAAGUUUAACGGCCAUAUUAACCUGCGAAUCGGAGAAGCCGUGGGCCUGAAACCGACCAAUAUCGCCCGGCGCCACUCCUUGGUUUUCUUGAAGAAAUCCUCGGCCUUGUACCCUUACAUUGUCCUCAAGGUGGACGACACCAAAGUGGGACAGACUCAUACCAAACAGAAAACCGCCACGCCAACCUACAACGAGGACUUUGCCUUCAUAGUGCGAGACGGUCGACACAUCGAGGUGAUCGUCUUCAACGACACCCCCAUCGGGUAUGAUGACUUUGUGGCCAACUGCACCAUCCACUUCCAGGACCUCACCAGGAAUUCCAACUCGGAGGAGUUCUUCGAGGAAUGGAUACAAUUGGAGCCUGCAGGCAAGGUUUACGUCAGUAUCAAGCUUAAUGGAUCCUUCGUUGAUGAUGAGGCCACAGAGACAAAAAAAAACCACCCGGAGCUCAACAGGAACCUCCAUGCUGCCGUGAGACGGAAAGUCCACCAGGUCAACGGGCACAAGUUCAUGUCAACCUUCCUUCGCCAGCCCACCUUCUGUUUCCAUUGCAACGACUUCAUCUGGGGUGUUAUCGGAAAGCAGGGUUACCAGUGCCAAGUGUGUACAUGUGUGGUUCACAAACGCUGCCACCGAGAAGUUGUCACUGUGUGUCCACGCAUGCAGAAGUUAAAGCCUGCAAUCUCUGGAUUCAGCAUCAACGUCCCACACCAGUUCAGCAUCCACAACUACAAGUCGCUUACUUUCUGUAGUCACUGUGGAUCAAUGUUGUAUGGAUUAUUCAAGCAGGGCAUGCAAUGCAAAAUCUGUAAACUCAACGUUCACAUCCGAUGCGAACACAAUGUUGCACAGAACUGUGGAGUCAACAAUGUUGAACUGGCCAAGAAGUUGUCAGAGAUGGGCAUUGAACCUGGAGAACUCAUUCAAAACUUGCCAAGAACAAAAAGUGAACAUCAGACAAAAACGCCCAAGGAAAGGAAGAUCAGUUUUAAGCCUCACCUGGAGGUCCCUAGGUUUUGCAUCUCAGAUUUUACAUUUCUUCAAGUGCUUGGCAAAGGCAGCUUUGGCAAGGUGAUGCUUGCAAAGCUAAACAAGAAUGAUAAGGUUUUUGCAGUCAAGGUGCUGAAAAAGGACAUCAUCUUGCAGGAUGAUGAUGUGGAGUGUACCAUGACUGAAAAGAGGGUGCUGGCACUAGGCAGCUCUCACCCAUACCUCACACAGUUAUACUGCUGCUUUCAGACAGAGCACUGCCUCUUCUUUGUAAUGGAGUUUGUAAGCGGUGGGGAUCUGAUGUUCCACAUUCAGAAGUCCAGGCGAUUCGAAGAGCCCCGAGCGUGUUUCUACACAGCGGAGAUCACCUCAGCGCUCAUGUUCUUGCAUGGCAAAAGCAUCAUCUACCGGGAUCUCAAGUUGGACAAUAUUCUCCUCGACAAGGAUGGCCACUGCAAGCUGGCAGACUUUGGCAUGUGCAAAGAAGGCAUCUCCGGCGACAUUGGAGCCAGUACUUUCUGUGGCACCCUUGAUUACAUUGCCCCUGAGAUCCUCAAGGAUAUGCUCUACGGGCCCUCUGUUGAUUGGUGGGCACUUGGGGUGCUACUUUACGAAAUGUUGCAGGGCCACGCGCCGUUUGAGGGCGAUAAUGAAGACGAACUCUUUGAGGCCAUCCGCAUUAGAGACGUUUCUUAUGCACCCUGGCUCAGUGUGGAGUCAGUCAGUAUACUCCGUGCCCUACUGACCAAAGACCCCAAACAGCGCCUUGGUUGUGUGGCAUCAGAGGGUGGAGAACAUGCUGUGAUGGUCCACGCCUUUUUCGAAAACAUCGAUUGGGAGAGACUCAAUCGCAGAGAGAUUGAGCCACCGUUCAAGCCUAAAAUAAAAGCACCACAGGACGUCAACAAUUUUGACCCAGACUUUACAAAGGAAACACCCAAACUCACGCCCAUUGACAACCCCCAUAUCGCUGUCCUCAAUCAGGAGGAGUUUGAAGACUUUUCAUACACGGCGCCUGACAUGCUGGCGAACUAAUCUUUGUCUGAGACAGUCUCGGCGGUACAGUAUGACUGUCACAUUCCUCACAGAUGUGAGAGUGGUCUUGUUCAAAUAUGUGUUUGUCAAGAAAUAUGACUCGGGACACACUCUCAAAGGCUUUUGGUUUGGACUACAAUAUGGCGUGAUAGGUUGCAUUCCAUCGAGCUGUUUGUAUAAAGUUGGUACUAUUUUUUUUAUCCACUGCUCUUGUCACACUGUUAAAGCAGCUUACCAUUUUAUGGUUGACGUUGUAUGGCAUGAGUCUGUUUAUUGUGCUUCCAUUUUGACCGGACUGCCUGUGAUUCCCAGAAAGCUUCCAGUUCGAAUGCCAGAACAACUGACUUGUGGAGUGUGUGUAAUAAUUUCUCAGUGAUACACAAAUACUAAGCUAAUAAGUACCCCCAAUUAAGUCCCAGGAUGUCAAUAUAAUCGUAUGGGCCUUUUGAUUAUCACUAUUCAACAUAUUGAUCAAAGGAACACAAUCAAUCAUAUGCUGGACAAUUAAUUAACAAAUGCAUCUUUUAUGCGAUUGAUAAUGUGGUGGUUCACUCAGCUGGCUCCUCGGAAACAGCAGGGAGUUGUUCAGUUCCCACUAACAGUGUGAAUGGGAAUGAACGGUUGUUCCUAUGUGCUCUGUCAAUGACUGCAACCACUCCAUUGCUAAAGUCAGUUGGGAUAGGCUCCGGCUUUUCCACUGCGACUCUGAGCAGGAUAAGUGCAAUAGAAUAGUUUUUUUUAUGAAUGGGUCUCUUCUCGCUGUAAAUAUCAGAAGAAAGAGGGUAAAGAUUGUCAGAAAUAUCAUUUUAAAAGGAAAUGUAUUUCUAAAUUCUGUACAUGUAUAUCCGCUAACCCCAUAACAUUUUUUGGAGCAUAUUUAUAUUUAUUUUUACUCACUCACUGUAUGAACUAAAAUCGAUUUAUAUUGCCUUUGCUAUAACUGAAGUUAACAUGUUAAUAAGUAGAUUUCUGUUUUUUUCCCCCCAAAAGGCUGUUUUCUGGCACUUUUGGAACUUACAUUUUUAAAACCACUCCCUGACAAAAUUGGUGCAGUUCAGCUUAAUUUCUUGGUUUUCUGACAUGGACUUGUUUCUUCAGCAUUGUCCACACGUUUAAGUCAUGA